GGGUCCUGCCCUGUUCUGGGGCGUGGAGGGGGAGGGAUGACAGACCUCAUGCCUUUGGGGAUGGUCCCCAGGCAUUCCGCUGCUCCCUCCUCUUCAGCCUGGGGUCAGGGGAGGAUGAAGGGACCCCUGGGAGGAAUGGAGAGGGACUCUAUGCUCCCCAACACCACACUGGCUCCUCAGUUUCCACUCCCAUCCACCUAGUCACCACAGCUCCAUCUCUGCCUCCUUGUCCCCGUCAAGGUGCCAAUGGCCAGCGUGUGUGCACAGGGCCAGGAGGAGAACCCACACUCACACAUGCACACAGGCACACCUUCCCCUCUCCACCCUGGGAAACCCAGGGCCAGCUGGACCUGGUGCUCCACGCCGAGUUAAGUCCUCUCUAGCCUGAGACCGCCCCCACCCCCCACCCCGCACUCAGACCCCUCCCUACACUGGCCCUUCAGCCUCAGUUCCAAGGCCCUGCACCUCCCCACCCUCACCCCCAUCUACCUGAUGGAAACUGCUGAUCCAAUCAAGGAGGGCUUCUUGGGAGAAGGGGACUUCCUGAAGUGGCUGCGAUUCCAGGUCUUUGAUGAUGGGGUCUGCAGGAGGAGGUGGAGAAGGAGAAAGGAGUCGGUGUGGCCUGGCAGGAGUUGAGCCACUUCCAUGGGCAGCCAUCUCAGCCUGGGCAGGGCUGGGCCCAGGGCUGGGCGGGGGUUGGGGAGCUGUCAGUUCUGGGAGCUGGGCUUCCCCAGUGAUGGAGGGAAGGCUGCCUGUAGGCUCUGGGCAGCCUGAGGUCUGAUUCCUGCAGGGCGGGUGUGGUGAGAGUUUCCGGGGUCCACUUGGCAGGGGGGCUGGGAGCAUUCCAGGGGAGCAUUCCAGGCACUUUCUGAGUAAUGCUUCACUCUGGUAUUCCUCCUGGAGCCCCCCUUAAGCAUUCCCGUCCUGGGAGCACUCAGGCUCUGUCUCCCAAACAAACCCCCCCCACUCUUGAAGACUCGAGGAGAGGGCUUCUGGGCCAGUGUCCCUGGAAGCCCUGCCCCCAGCAUGAAGCCCCCAGAGGGAGCUUUGGGCAACAUCUGGCUGUUGUUUUUCUCAGAUGGUGGGGGAGACACAGGCGUCCUGUCUUCACACAUCUCUCACCCUAAAAGCAUCUGCUGCCCAGUCUAAAAAUACCUGAAGCUGCCUCCCAUUUCCUUUCCCCUCUGUAUUAGGGGCCUUGGUCUCUUCCUUGUGAUCUUUGACCCCAAUUCUCCCCUCCCAAGGUCAGUGGGUCUCCCAAGUGCCCAGCUGAGCAGUUCUUCCCAGGCUCCUCUGUCUCUCUUCUGCCACCUCCCUGGUGGCUCCUCAGUUCCACCUCAUGGAUGCCUCAUGGGUGGCCACCCUUCUCCAGGCUAAACUUUUUUUUUUUUUUUUUUUUUGUGGUACACGGGCCUCUCACUAUUGUGGCCUCUCCCGUUGCGGAGCAGAGGCUCCGGACGCGCAGGCUCAGCGGCCAUGGCUCACGGGCCCAGCUGCUCCGCGGCACGUGGGAUCUUCCCAGACCGGGGCAUGAACCCGUGUCCCCUGCAUCGGCAAGCGGACUCUCAACCACUGCGCCACCAGGGAAGCCCCAGGCUAAACUUUUGAGUAUUGAAGAUGGAGUCUCCUGUUCCUGCCUGCUGACAUCCUCUAACUCUAUCCCUCUGUUGUCUCCAAUUUCCCUAUGUCCCUCAGGUUCCCCUCACCCUGUGCUCUGUCCUCUCCCCAGGAAACACCCCUGGAGAGCCAGUCACCCUGCACUGGGUUCUGGAUGGACGACCCCGGCACAUGGUCACCCUGGAGCAGCCGCAGGCUGCUGGCUCCAGGAUACACAGAAACCCACUACAGCCCAGAUGGGCAGCCAGUAGUGCUGUUCCCCAACCACACGGAUCAUUGCCACUACCAUGGGCGUGUGAGGGGCUUCCUGGACUCCUGGGUAGUCCUCAGCAUCUGCUCUGGGAUGAGGGGCCUGAUCACACUCAGCAGCAAUGCCAGCUAUUAUGUGCAUCCUUGGCCAGCUGGGGACUCCAAAGACUUCUUGACCCACAAGAUCAUCCGGACGGAGCAGCUGCUCAGCUGGAAAGGGGCCUGUGGCUACAGGGACCCUGGGGACAAAAGGGACAUGGCCAGGCUUUCGUGUGCCACCCAGAUCAGGGAGAGGCGGGAGUCCUUGGGGAGCCCGAGGUACCUGGAGCUGUACAUAGUGGCGGAUCACACCCUGUUCUUGACCCAGCACCGGAACUUGAACCACACCAAACAGCGUCUUCUGGAGGUCGCCAGCUAUGUGGAUCAGAUUCUCAGGACUCUGGACAUUCAGGUGGCGCUGACCGGCCUGGAAGUGUGGACCGAGGAGGACCAGAGCCGCGUCACGCCAGACGCGAACGCCACGCUCUGGGCCUUCCUGCAGUGGCGCCAGGGACUGUGGGCACGGCAGCCACAUGACUCGGCUCAGCUGCUCACGGGCCGCGCCUUCCAGGGCGCCACCGUGGGCCUGGCGCCGGUCGAGGGCAUGUGCCGCGCGGAGAGCUCUGGAGGCGUGAGCACCGACCACUCGGAGCUCCCCAUUGGUGCUGCAGCCACCAUGGCCCACGAGAUAGGCCACAGCCUCGGCCUCAGCCACGACCCCGACGGCUGCUGCGUGGAGGCAGCGGCGGAGCAGGGCGGCUGCGUGAUGGCCGCAGCUACCCGGCACCCGUUCCCGCGAGUGUUUAGCGCCUGCAGCCGCCGCCAGCUGCGCGCCUUCUUCAGCAAGGGAGGGGGCGCGUGCCUCUCCAACGCGCCGGACUCCGGGCUCCUAGUGCCCCGGGCGCACUGCGGGAAUGGCUUCGUGGAAGAGGGCGAGGAGUGCGACUGCGGCUUCGGCCAGGAGUGCCCGGACUCCUGCUGCCAUGCCCACAACUGCUCGCUGCGUGCGGGGGCCCAGUGCACCCACGGGGACUGCUGCGCACACUGCUUGCUGAAGCCGGCGGGUGCGCCUUGCCGCCGGUCUGCGGGCGACUGUGACCUCCCUGAAUUCUGCACGGGCGUCUCCCCCUAUUGCCCCCCCGACAUUUACCUACUGGAUGGCUCGCCCUGCGCCAGAGGCCGCGGCUACUGCCGGGACGGCGCGUGUCCCACGCUGCAGCAUCAGUGCCAGCAGCUCUGGGGGCCUGGCUCCCGCCCAGCCCCGGAGGCUUGUUUCCAGGUUGUGAACUCUGCGGGAGACGCCCAUGGGAACUGCGGCCAGCAAAGCGACAGCAGCUUCGUGCCCUGUGCGCAGAGCGAUGCGCAGUGUGGGAAACUGCAGUGCCAGGGCGGGGAGCAGAGUGCACUGGCGCCACACAUGGUGCCGGUGGACUCCACCGUACCCCUAGGCAGCCGCCAGGUGACCUGCAAGGGAGCCCUCGUGCUGCCCGGCACCCAGCUGGACCUGCCUGAUUUGGGCCUGGUAGAGUCAGGCACCCAGUGUGGACCUAGAAUGGUGUGCCAGGAAAGGCGCUGCCGGAACACUACCUUCCGAGAGCUGGAGCUCUGCCUGACCACCUGCCAUGGUCGCGGGGUUUGCAAUAGUAACCGUAAUUGCCACUGUGCUCUGGGCUGGGCUCCGCCUUUCUGUGACAAGCCAGGGUUUGGUGGUAGUGUGGACAGCGGUCCUAUGCAGCCUGAAAACCAGGACACCUUCACGCUGGCGGUGAUCCUUAGUUUUCUGCUGCCUCUGCUCCCUGGGGCCGGCCUGGCCUGGUGCUGCUGCCGGCACCCGGAACUCCGUCUCCAACAAUGCCUUUGGGGCUCAAGGAGGGACCCCACGUGCAGUGGCACUCUUCCCCCACCUAUUGCUCCGCAGACCUUGAGAACUCUGUCAGAGCCCAACAGCCACCUUGAGAAGCCUGUGACCCACGGCCCUGCUUGUACCCCCAAGCAGGUAGAGUCCAAAAGCCAAGAUCCUGUCUCUGGUGAAAAGUGACUCCUGAGAUGAGAAGACUUAAGGACAGGUGGCUACUGACAGCCACACCAGGAACUUGGACCCCGCCCCCCAGGGGCGGAGCCAGCGAGUCAGCAGACCUCUUGCACCUUUGGGCAGCUUCGAAAUUUCUUCCCUGAGUUACCGCCACACCACCUACUCCAGGACCCUGGAGCCUCAUCAAAAUUUGCGCAGUGCUGUCCCCAUUCCUUAGGGCUGCGGGAUCCUGCUAGGGUACACCCUCCAGCUCAAGCGAGAAUCCAUCAGUCCCAGGAGGGAAGGUCAUGUAGUCACUGACCUCCUGUCACUAGGGGGCGCUGGGUCAUGCUGGGCACCCAGAGAGGCCUGUGUCCUGGCAGCCUAGGUGUGUCUGCUACACUCACUUUAUUCGGACCUAGCUCUUUGGAGGGCAGUGACUGCUGGGACAGAAGCCUGGACUCCAGGGGUCCUACAUUUCAGACUGAGUCCACUUCCCUGGAGCCUGGCCCCUGCAAAACAAACAAACAAAAUCCUUGGGACCUUCCUUCCUGCCAUCUCCUACCCUCUCUUUUCCCUCAGAUGCUUCCUCAGCCCCACCCCACUCCUAGUCCUUAGGUGAGGUUUCAGAGAAGCAUGGGGCCUGCUGCAGUCCCCUUACUUUGGACAUUAAUCAGCCUCUCCUCCAUUCCAUGGGAGGGGACAAAGGAAGCCAUUUUCGAAAGGACACCUAAGUAGAAGUCAGAAGAGAGACAUGUUGCCCUGGGACUUCUGUCUUUUCUGUCUGUAAAUUCAACACCAUGGCGCUCCCUGAGGGUGACAAAGGGUGGUGGCUGGUGGGUGGAGCCUCAGAUGACAGCCAGGCCCCGUAUGUAUCGGGGCAUAGGAUGGUGUUGCCUAGCUUGAAUGUUCCCUUUGCUCCACCUCUCCUGCCUCCCCUGGACACCCUGAACAGCCAUUUACUCUCUCCCCUUGCUUCAUGCAAAAGUUGCUGAGUGACCUUCUUUAUCAGCUGUUGCUACAUAACAAAACCACCCCAAAACUUAGUAGCUUAAAACAAUAACCAAUUCUGUGAAUUGGCAAGUCAGCUGGUGGUUCGAUUGGUCUCAGCUCAGCUCACUUAUACAUUUGCAGUCAACUGCUGGUCGCUGCUUCUGGGGUUGGCUGGCUGUUGGCUAGGGUGAUGGGGAUGAGCGGGCUAGCCCAGGCCUGUUCACAUAACAGCUGGGGAGGGUUCUAAGCGAGCAGGACCAGGAUUAGAGUGAGACAAGGGAGGCAUUCACCGUGGGCACAAAAAGUAAUCAAGAUAAGAAAUAUUUUAAUGUAAUAUUUUUAAAGAUCAAAAUUAAUACAAAAGUCCACGAUGAACAAAAUAUCAAAAAUUUAACUAAAGACAGGAUCAGUUACCAUACCAAGGCAUUUCUGGAGUCUGAGGCAAAAAGAAAAAUCAGUAGUUGUGAUCCUGAGGCAAGUACCUCACUCAUAUCCUCUUGCAGAAGAGUAUGUGGAAGCUUGUCAGGCUUCUUGAGAGUCCAUGACUGGCACAUUUACUUCCAUAACAUUCUGUUGGCCCAAGCAAGUCACAGGGCCAGCCCAGGUUCUAAGGGAUUGGGAGGCAAACCCCACCUCCCCUCCAGGGAGGAGAAGCAAAAUCAUAUUUCAUAGGGUGUGAAGAAUUGGGGAAUUUUUGCAAUCACCCACUGGCAGCAGAGAAGUAGCCCCAAGGCUCAGGCCUUGCUUUCACUCUACCAGCUGAAGGCGCUGAAUGAGACUGUUUGCUAACGCCCACUCCUGUGUUCGCUGUGGGAUUCUGAUUUAUAGAGACGACACAGCAAUGAGACAGAGAAGUUAAUGCCACUGAAAGAAGUUUUUAUGGCUUGCAUUUCCCUCGAGAAGGGGGACUGCCCACCGUGCAGGGCCACAUAGGGAAGCACCCAGUUUGUAAGGAAAGACUGAGGAACUACCACAGAUUGGAAGAAACUAAGGUGACAUGACGACUAAGUGCAAUGUGGGAUGCUGGAUGGGAUCCUGGAACAGAAAAAGGACAUUAGUGGAAAGACUGGGGAAAUUCAAAGUGGUCUAUAGUUAAGUGUCUUGUACCAACAUGAAUUUCCUAGUUUUAAUAAUUGUACUAUGGUCAGGUAAGAUGUUGAUGUUAGGGGAAACUGGGUGAGGGAUAUAAAGGGAACGCUAGCAUUUUUGCAAUGCUCUAACUUUUUUGCAAGUCUAAAAUUAGCUAACAAAAAGUUAACAAUAAAACUAUAAGAGACGGAAAAGAACAGUGUUGUUUCAUAGAGUUAAUGGUUUAGCGUGGGAGAGACAAGGUCUCCUUGGGUUGUUGUGUGGGCGUUGCUGUGUGUGUGUUGGGGGGUGUGGUGGGAUCCAUCUAGGCACAUUCUGGCACUGGAUUCAGUGGCUCCCAGAUCUGCGUGAAGGUGCAGCCUGGGUGGGGACUCAUUGGGGGCGGGGAGUCAUUCCUGAUGCAAAGGCUCCUCCCCCCCCAGAAGAGCACGUCAGCACAGACACUUGGGUUUCCAUCUCGUUAUGGCUCAGGGGAGCUGGGAAGGAGGCACCUGUCUGACUGGGGCUCUGCCUCUCGUCGUCCUCUCCUCUGUUUGCUGCCCAGCAUGGCCAGCUGCUUGGCACCCCCGUUGCUGCUGCUACUGCUUCUAGGUGAGUGCCUGCCUCCUCCCCGAGACCUCUGAACCUCGGCUUCUCU